AUGGAAUUUGUCGCGGCAAUCAACUACGGAAUUGGCAUCGUCCAUCGCAACCAAGUCACCGACUCCGUCAGAGAAGGCGAGGUUUCCGUCACCGCCACUAACGUCAGUGGCACCCGCGUCGUCACUGAUAUAGUGGUGGGGCAGUAUGUGGACACGACAGGAGGGGUCUCACUACAGGCGGCCGCCUCCGGAGGAGGUGGUAAUGGGAUAACGGUGGGGGAGGCGCUGGAAGCAGCGGCGCUGUCGGUCGGGGACAAGCCGGUGGACCAGGCGGAUGCGGUUCAACAAUUGGGGAUUAGAAUAAAUUAA